GUUGGACUGGGGCGUUGGGCAUUUACUCCCCUAUUAAAUGCCCUGGAUGCCUCGUGUCGACCAGUUUAAAAUCUGGCUUCCACCUUGGUCCAAACUGCGGUCCUUCAUACCACACGUCAACUAUUUGAAGCCUUCGAAGUUUUUGAAACAUGUCGAAACCGACAGCAGCUCAGCUCAAGGAUGAAGGCAACGAGUUCUUCAGAAAGCAAGACUACGUUGGGGCAUUAGCAAAAUACACUGAGGCUAUUGCUCUGGAUGAUAAGAAUGCCAUUCUAUAUGCGAACCGCGCUGCUUGCCAGUAUGAGUUGAAUAGAUACCUAGACGCUGUCGAUGAUGCGAAGAUGGCUACGCAGAUUGAUCCAGGCUAUGCCAAAGCGUGGUCACGACUAGCAGCAUCUCGAGGCGCCCUCGCAGACUUUGAGGGAAGUGCUGAAGCGUGGCAGAAGGCACUGGAUGCACUUCCAAAAACCAACCUCAGUCCCGCAGAGCAGCGGCAGAAAGAUCAGUAUGGUGCUGGUCUGAAUGCAGCCCAAACCCCCCAAACCCGUGGCAAGACCUCAAAGAACCGAUGUAUUGCUAGUGUCAACCUCGAUGAUGGCAAUCUCCCUUGGAAAAUUGCGACAGAGAUGCUUCCCGAACUCCGGAAAGCGGGUCUCGACCAAUUUUCUAGCAGUGCUUGGGUGAUUUCAUAUGCAUACGAGGAAUUCACGAAAGGGGUAGAAUCUAUGAAUCAAUUGAAAUCAAUCCCUCACUCUCAAGCUCCAGGAGGCCUUUCCUAUCACGGAAAUCUGAUGGGCUUGACGUAUUUGACCAAUGGUUUGAUGCGUGACGAGCGCGUGUUCCAUCUAAAUCACCCCGAUUGGAUUACCAAGUACAAUAACCAAGGCAAUCUUAUUCUAGCAUUGCUCGCAUUCGAAGCUACGGCUCACCAAGCCUACUCCGGCGGGGUCGAAACUAUUAAAGAACUGAUACAGAAACGGCUGAAGGAAAAGGGAUGGAAUGAUGUACGCCCCGCUUUGUCGGUGACAGUUCGUAAAUGGAUAAUGAAAGGCAUGCUGGAAAGCCAUCUGGGUGGCAGACCUGACACCGGUGUUCAUUUUUUGAAACGAGCUGUUGACUUACUUGAAUGGGGACGACUUGUUUGGAAGGAUGUUCACAAAGAUGAUCGUGGAGUGAUUUUCGAGGAUACGUUUUUGCGAAGCGUGCGUAGCAUGCACCUCAUGAUGUCUAUGAACGCUUACAGCAGCGGCCCUAGCUUGAACUCACAUCUUGAACAUCUGAAGGAAGAAGCCGAAGACCUUCUCAAAGAGAUUGACAUCAUGAUAGCAUCAAAUAACCUCAGUAAGGAGAAACUUGACCCUGGCAUGGUAUCGUCUUUUUGUGUUUAUCCUGCUGCAAUUGCUCAUAAGACGAUAGGAUUCUAUCAUUCACAGAAAGCUCGAUACAGCGAUGGUGUUCUCGCGUGUAUUAGCUAUAUGAAUGGGGUAAAUGCAUACUUGCAGGCAGCUAAUACAUACCCCGAGAAUGACGAAUUCCAUGCAUUUUACUUGACCUGCGCUAUGGAUUGUAUGCGAAAUGCCGGUGUCUCUAUUGGCGACUUCAACACAGCUGCCAUUGCUUUACGGGCAGCCGUGCCCAAGAUGAUGAAGAUAUGGGCGUUCUCUAUUAUGCAGCGAGGCGGGCGAGACGAGAAAAUACAAGCACACUUGCGCAGAGCAGAUGAGAUGAUGAAGCUUGUCGCUGAAGGAAAGUUGACACUAGAAGAUCCUGUGCCUUUCUGAUCAUUGGGAUUGAUGCAUUCUUGUACAUACUACUCGUGUAAUUGUAUGCUCUUGUGCUUUACAUGGCCAUCUAAGUAUCUUCCACAGAAGAUACGGGGACCCUUUUGCAGAUGCGCCACCCGUGGCGGGGGAUGAUGAUACUAUCCCUUCCACUGCAAUCGGCACCCCACAGAAGUCGGCACUUUCACAAAACUCGUAUUUCUAGCUACUUAAACACAAAAUUCUUAACAUC